AUGUUAAGUCGAUUGUAUUCAAGUUUAUCUUGUUCUGUCAAUAUCCAGCGUUCGUUUGUCUUACGUAAUGCUCUACGUUUACAUUCGACAGCUAGUAAAGAUUCAAAAAAGUCUUCAACAAAAGGUAAAACACCAAUGGGUAAAUUAGAUGAAGAUUCACAUCCCGAUGCACAAAAGCAACCAUUAAAACCAUGGCCAAAUAAUGUUAAUCCACAUACUGGUGAAAUAAAUGGACCAAGUGGACCUGAACCAACACGAUAUGGUGAUUGGGAACGAAAAGGAAAAUGUGUUGAUUUCUAA